AUGUCCUCACCCUCUCUUCUAGCGCGAUUGCGCUCCCGACCAACCCUUCAAACCCUGCGCACCCGUCCCAUCACCCUCUCAAGCCGUCUCUCCUCUUCCAAUUCUUCGUCCGCCUCGGCAAUAACCACCCAAUUCCUCACGCGCUUCCAAUCCCUCGGCCCACAAACCCGCACCCAACUCCUAGACGCAAACCAGCUUCAAUUGCUCUCCCUCACCCUCAACCGCCCCACCCUCUGGCCCAACAACAACAAUUCCCCAUCCUUAGCCAACUCCGCACCCGCCCCGCCAUCCGGCACGCCACUACCACCCGGCUACCACCUGGCCUACUUCACGCCGGCCUUCUUAGGAUCCGAGCUGGGCGCUGACGGCACAGAUGCAUCGUAUAACCCGGAACCGCCAUUCACGCGCCGCAUGUGGGCUGGCGGAGAGGUGCUCUGGCCGCGCGGGAAAGAUGGGAAGCCGAAUCUACUGCGUGUGGGACAGACGGUGCGCGAGACGACCCGCGUGCUGAGUGCCGAGCCCAAGGUUGUCAAGAAGACGGGCGAGGAUAUGAUCGUGGUCGGAGUGGAGAAGGAGUUUGCGAACGAGGAUGGGCCGGCGGUGAUUGAUCGGAGGUGA